AUGAGAGAAUCCUACCUACUUUUGGACUGUUCUGGUAGGAACCCAUGUCUGAACGGAGGUACCUGUGAAACCGAUGCAUGUACAUGUGCGUCGGGGUAUACAGGAGCUUUAUGUAGUACAGAUAUCGACGAGUGUGCUAGUUACCCUUGCUUGAACGGUGCCAUCUGCAUUAAUAUACCCAACCGUUACUUCUGCUUGUGCUCCUAUGGCUACAGUGGAUCUCGAUGUAUGAUAGUCGACUGUUCUAGGAGCAACCCGUGUCUGAAUGGAGGUACCUGUGAGAACAAUGCAUGUACAUGUGCUGCAGGAUUUAAUGGAGUUUCGUGUAGUACAGUUGACUGUUCGGGCAUGGACCCAUGUCUGAACGGAGGUACCUGUGAGAACAAUGAAUGUACAUGUGCUGCGGGAUAUACAGGAGCUUUGUGCGAUGACGCGAUAGAAACUACGCCAACCACUUUGACGCAGGAGGCUGUUUCUCCUGAAACAACAGUAAACCGCCAAGAGAGUGAUUAUUCUAAAGAAGCGGUCAGCACUAUCGUUGUGGGCAUAGUGCUUGCUUUUGUUGCCUUGUAUGCUAUUUUCAUAACAUUGAUGCACCUGCAUCUCAGACGCUCUAACAUCGCUCUAAAGCAGUCAGUCAGUGACAGGGAGGGCCAGAAACUAGAUCCCUUCACGUCCUUAGAUGCAACCAGCCCACGAGAACAUCAAAGAAACUAG